CUCGUCUACCUCAGCCACUCAUCAACGAUCAAGAUGAGACACUGAGACACACGAGAUGGGACAUGUGCGACGAGAUUUAUACUGUACAUCGCUGCCAUCACGAGCUUGCCAUUGCCGACAUGACAUGCCCACAGCAAUCUCCGUCCAUCAUCAGAGCGGAAAUCAUAUCCGCAUAAAUCUCUGUCCAACACGGCAUAUCUCGCUCGCAGCUCGCAGCAGCGCAUCAGCCCCCGUUCUCCACGACUUGAUGACUUGAUGACCUCUUAAUCAUUUUAUUGUCUGAUGCGUGGACUCUUGAUCCCAUCAUGAUUCAUCAUCCUCAUAAUCUCUCGAGUUGACCCGCAUCACCCGUGCGCAGCAGAAUACCGACCCCACGGGGUACGGAGAAACGUUGCCGAACUCUCUUACAUCGCGACGUCACUUGCAGCACCACUCCAUGCUCUCCACUCAUCACCAUGCUCCGACACGCGUCCCGUCUCGCCGCCCACUCAGUGUGCUCGCCGCGUAAUAUCGCCCUGGCGCCGUGGCAUGUAUUGCGCGCACGCUCCGUGCCACUGGCCGCGGGUCGGAGACUGUACGCAACACAUACUGGAGCGGAAGCACCGCCAGAGGCAUUGCAAGAUGCGCAGCAGCCUCCCAAGACCGACUUGCUGGAAGUCUACCGCGGGCUGGUGGAAAGCGGGCGCUUGACAUGGGACGACGAGCAGGUCCGCAUCGUCAUGCGACUACGACACCUUUACAACGAGUUGCGGGACUACACGCCGCCGCUGGAGCUGCUGGCCAAACUCGGACCGGCCCCACCGCAGAAGCUCACGCAGUCGUGGUUCCGGACCAAAGCGCGCCGCUCCGCCCAGGCCGCCGCCAUCGGUCUCGGCAACUCGGACGCCGAGCACGCCCUCGUCAAAGUCCUGUCGGGCGAGGAGGAGAUCGCGCUCCUCACCACACCCAAGGGAAUCCUCAUCACGGGUCCGCCGGGCAGCGGCAAGUCGUUCCUCCUCAGCAUGUUGUUCGAUGCGCUGCCGACGCAGAAUAAGGCGCGGCAUCACUACCACGCCUUCACGCUGUGGCUGUACCAGCGGGUAUUUGCCGAGAUGGAGCGCCGGCGGCGAGACACUCCUGUCACUCAGGCCGAGCUGAAUCGCGUCCUGGCUGGAAUGAAGGGGUGGCGCGCCGUGUUUGCCAGCGGACGCUGGAGGGAGGGCGCGGACACGGACCUCGCCAUGUCCGAGCCGUCGUACGCUGACCCUAGGGAUACGAUCCCCUUUGUCAUCGCGAAGGAGAUGAUAUUGCAAUACCACAUCCUCUACUUUGAUGAGCUGCAGCUCCUUGAUGCGUCGAGCGCUGCCCUUCUGCGCGACGUGCUGAGCUGGUACUGGCGUCUUGGUGGUGUCGUCAUCUCCUGCUCGAAUCGCGUCCCAGACGACCUCUACCACCACGGUGUACAAAAGGAGCGGAUGCAUGCAUUCCUCGACUCGCUCAAGGGCCGGUGCGACGUCGUCGAGCUCGACAGCGGGAAGGACUGGCGAAAGAUGGCGGGCGAGGGAGAGCUCGAGCCGCGGUGGCUUGAUGCGGGCGACGGAGCAUUCGACGACCUGUGGGCCGCCGAGGCAGGCGAGUCCGCCCCCGUCAAUCUGGUGGUUUAUGGCCGCCGCGUGCGCGUGCCCGAGGCCAAGGCAGAGGCGUGCCGCUUCCCCUUCGCCGAGCUGUGUGAGACACCUCUCGGCCCAGCAGACUACCUUACCCUCGCGUCGACCUUCGCGACGUUCUACAUUGACGCCGUGCCGAUCCUCCUACUCAAAAACAAGAACGAGGCGCGCCGCCUUAUCAACCUCAUCGACGCCCUAUACGAGGCACGCUGCAAGGUCGUCAUCCGCGCCGAGGCGCGGCCUGAGCGUCUCUUCUUCCCCGACGCCCUCGAUCCCUCCAUUGACCCCGAGCAGCACGACCUGCUCGCGGCCGAAGCGCUCUCCGAGUCCCUUGGCGCGCAGCCGCGCGCCAACGUCUCCUUCUACAAUCCCAAAACACGCGCCGAACGCGAAAAGCAAGACCGUGCCGACCUUGGCUCUAGCUUCGCUGUCAUGUCCAUCUUCACAGGCGAGGACGAGCGCUUCGCAUACAAACGCGCCGUGUCGCGCCUUGUAGAAAUGUCCACGUCGCCGGCGUACGCCGCCGAAGCAUGCGGCGUCGCUGCGCGGGGGUGGGAGCACACGCACGUGGACGCGGACGCGACGGCGCCGGCUACGCGCGCGUCGGCGUCGCCACACCGCGGCAGUGGGAGCUUGGGGCCCAAGGGCGACGAUAUGGCCACCGAGGCGGGCUCGCGCUUCGGGCCGUAUGAAGAGCCCGAGAUCGAGAUCCGGCGGCGCGCGCCCAAGCUCGCCGAGCACCAUGCGUGGGGCGUCGAGGAGGGAUGGGGGAAGAAGGCCGGGCGCUGGGGCAAGGGCGCGAGCGUGUACCGCAAAGCGGAGGAGGGCGACGCAUAGUAGCGAGUAGCAUUAGAGCUUGGCGGCAUAGAGUCCAAGCGUAUGCAUGCAUGCGGCAUG